AUGUCCGCGGCAGCACGCGCAGAGGCUCGCAGAAAGGCCAUCCUUAGCCGUGGCGGCGACCGCCUCGCAAGGCUCACAUCCUCCGCAAGGGGCGAGGAUGCGUCGGCGUACAUGCAUGACGACCCCCCGCUCGCACCAUUGCCCGACCGGCCCACGCUCGAACGGCUCGUCGGCGAGCAGACGGACCUCCCCACGCCCACCGCGACGGCCGCUGCACCCAGGGAUUCGCGCCAGCGAACGCGUCCCCAGCAGGUGCGCCCACCGCCAGCACGUCCUCCCAAUGGUGGCGUACCGGAGACGUCCUCCCCCGACGAAACGAUGAGACAACUCCGCGAGGCACUCGCCGCCGCUGGCCCGCUACCAUCCUUACCUGGCGCGUCCUCAGAAGGCGACCCGCUAGCGGCCAUGAUGGCUAAUUUCGCGCAGGCUGGCAACAUGCCAGGUAUGACUUCUGAAAAGGCCGUCAUGACAAAACCAAAGACACGUCUCCAAAAGCUGCUGCCGUUCCUGCAUCUCAUCGCUGGAUGGGCGUUGCUCGCAUACUUCAUACUAUGGCAAGAGCCCCAAGCUUAUGAAGCGCAGACGCAUGGCUCUGGCUCUGACAGGUUCUGGAGACGCUGGGCAGAGCUCGGAUGGAGGGGCCCUGAGGAUUGGGGUGUGCAGCCUGUACCGUUCUUCUGGGCAUUUACGACUCUAGCAUUAAUCUUACACUCAUGGCGCAUAUUCUCGAAGCUUGAUGUCCCACAACCACCAAUGCUGCUAGCGCUGGCGCUUCCGCACCUUCCUCCGCCAUUACCUUCAUUGGUUACGAAUGGCCUAGCGUAUCUGAAGAUUGGAAGCGUCUUCCUAGAUGACAUUGCAGGCCUUCUGUGUAUGGCAGAGACAAUUUACGGUAAAACGGCUGCGGCACCAGUCUUUGGUCGGUCCUUGCCAAAGAAUGGAUCGUCAAACGUUGUAUUUUUGAAGGCCUUUGGUGUGGGCGGGUCAACAACAGGAAGUCCGGCUGCUGCACGUUCUUUCUUCCAUCGCAGCCACGGGGACCCACCGCCAAGGUCCAUGAGUUCCUGGAAGAUGGCAGACGACCAUUUCUGGUCCAUGUUGAGGAUCCGUGAUGUGCCGUCGCCUGCAAUGCACAUGCCGCGUAUACCGAGAAUCAGUAGACAAACUGUGGACAAGGGUUAUGAACGUACGGAACUCGACCACCAUCUCUGGCUGCCACUUGUGCUCCGGGGCCCUCGGCAGCUUAUUCACUCGAAUCUCCAUGUCAGGGUUGGCGAAGCACAUGAGGAUGUCCACCUCGUGCCGCAGAAACACAUGAGCGCACCUCGCCCCGAAGUGGUCAUUCCGCUGUGCAUACCUUUGAGGGCCCGAGGAGUGCUUUGGCUUUCCGCGGCAUGGUCGGUGUCGCUCACUGCAAGUGUAUUUUCGUCAGGCUGGAUGUUCUUUGGCUCGGGUGCUCUCAGCUUGGGUCUUUCUGCAUCUGAUGUUCUCUGGAGCCAUCGACCGUCGGCUCUGAUUCAUUCGCCUCUCCUCAGUAUUCUACCUAAUUUUGCGUCUCAGAACCUCCCAGUUCCUGGAACCCUAAAGCGACCACUCCUACAGCAUAACGUCGCGAAUGUACAAGACGACCAUAUGCUAGGCGUAGCCUCAAAUAUAUACGUUGUCUCGCUUCCACAUAGGACAGACAGAAGAGCUGCUAUGGAGCGGUUGAAACAGGCUCUGGAAUUAGAUUGGACCUACGUCGACGCGGUGCCAUCUGGCGACCCGUCCAUCGUGGACGUUUUGGAACGUGUCCGUAGGACACGGUUCCCUCCUGGCGAACUCCAGGACGACCUCCCGCAACAAUUCGCUUGGCCCGACAUCUUGGAGAUUGACGCGCUUGUACACUCCUCAAUGCCACUGGACCUAGCAGGAUCUGAUAUCUGGGCCAAAUCACCCGACGACACCAAUUUUUUCUCUGACUCCUCUGUCUGGCCGCCUAACAAGCGAGGUCUUGAACAAUCUCUUGAUGAUCUCGACGGCAUCCUGGAAGCUCAUCUCCCAGAGACGGCUUUUGGUCCUGAUAUCGCUCCUCUGACAUUGUUGCUCCGGACACGCUCGCCUCUGCCCCGAGUGGAAAUGCCGUGGUUACUUCAUACAAUCCUCUGUCGCGCGGCGUUGGCAUCGUGCUAG